GUCUUGACUGGAAUUGCUACGCAAGGACAUCCGGAGCAACCAUACCGCACCUUAACUUACAAACUAAGGCACACAAUAAGUCUCGAUGAGGCUUUUACUACAUAUCCAAAGGUUAAUACGGUCUUGUCUUCUUUCCUCUCGUCCGCAGAAUCCUUAUUAACUCAUUAAUCAAUUAAUGAAAUUAAUUGAUUGAUUAAUUAAUCCCGUUAUUUAUAUUUUCAUUUUUGGUGUUUUUACAGUGCCUUAGUCCCAGAGUUUUUUCUUCAUAUUUUUCUACUCUUGAGAGAGAACGAGCCGCGAGGCUGCAAUUUUCAUGGCUUCGCAAAAAAAAAAUCAAGAAAAACCUUUUUGAACAGGGUAUUUUGCAGCCAUAGUGACUGAAUCUGUAAACAGAACUGUUCUUCAUCAGUAGUAGUCGUUGUUCUUGUUUAUCUGGAAUUUUGGUGCAAAUUUUAAUCCUUAUGUAUUGUCUAAUAACCAUUUUUCCUUCUGUUGUUUGCACAAGGAAUUUUUUGGAAAUGUGGAAGAGGGAUCUACAAUGUAUGAAGUUCUUAAUCCAACCCGAUGUCGUUAUUUACGAGUACAAGCUCUUGGCUGGUCCGAAAAGGUGUCACUGAGAGUAGAACUGUAUGGAUAUAAAGAAGGUAACAAUUACCACAUGUAUAAUCUUUGCCAAAUAGACUUUUGACCAUUCAUAUAGAAUAACAAUUCGCCCGGGGCAGCACCAGUAGUAUACAUGCAUAAGUGGUCAGUUGUAGUCCGCAUGAAAACGCAGUUUCAAUCAAGCAUCAUUUUAACAGUUUAAACAGCACGAUUACGUCAUCAUACUGCUACCACUAGACCCCGCUGACUGACAUGUGUCCGGUCAAGUUUUUGAAGGGACGAAUGUUUUACCAGUGCUGACAAGCCGUCUACACGGAACCGUCUGCAAAUUCUGUUACAUAGUUAUUUCAGUACCGUUUGCCGUUUAAAAUCUUGCACGGCUCCGCGGGUCUCUUGUAAACGAAAGGCAGAUCCGUGCAUGCUUUUUGUUCGUUCAAAAAUUUGUUCAACGGGGUUCCAGAAUCCUUCAGAGUUUUUUUUUCUUGUACAAACUAGGGCUUUUGUUAUUCAAUACUUUGGGUUGCCAAAUUUAAAUUUGAAGGAAAAAAAGUAAAAUCAAUUCUGAUCUAAAUUAUGUCCGAUUCACACCAACUAAACAUGUAUGAUUAAACCAGGUUUGAAAAAAAGACAUUGAAAACUGAGCAUAUUUUGUAAUUUGCACUAAAUUUGCACAGUUGACAAGCAACUUAAGUCAAUAUACAGCUUUUAUGAUGGAAACAAUUUUAAACCAUGUUGAACUAAACAGUCUUUAAACAUGUUUAAGCUUUGGUGUGAAUGGGGCUUUAGUCAAAAAGACGUCUUCGUGCAAACGGCCUAUUAAGAAAUUUUAUCUUUUUCUUUUUAAGAAUGUUCUGAUCACCUUAGAUCGACUUUCAGUGCUUCAUCCAGUGCAGGUUUUAGUUUACCAGGAUAUGGCUACCUACAUUCGGGGCUUGGAUCUGGUGCAUGGUGUGCUCAGGAACAGAAUGUUGACCAAUAUCUCCAGGUCUGAAGUGACAUUAUGGAUUACAACAUAAGUAAAGUUGAACGUCUUUACAACGGCCACCUCGGGGACAGAACAAAGUGGUGAUUGUAGGGAGAUGGCCGUUGUAGACAAACAAGAGGCUGAUUUAGCAACAGUACGGGAACAUCAUUGGACGACGGCAAAACGCGCAAAAAGGACUAAACUCGCCUUCCGAUGCCCAGUUUGCUGCUCAGCCAUUGGUCAAGCUAGUUGUUUGAUUUGCGCGCGCUGUCGUCAACUGACGUGCUCGCUCUGUUGCUAAAUCAGCCUAAUGAAUGUAUGGACUGUCCGCCCAAAAAUGACCCAGUUGUGGAGAGGUGGCCGUCAGUGGAGGUUCCACUGUAAGUCAACAAUCGAGAAUGUUGUUUUUUCAGUCAGUGACACAGGUAGCUCCGAAGAAAAUAAUCUGAGUUCUCCCAGCAGGAGUUGAACCUAUGACCGUCUAGUUACUGUCCAGGUGCUCUACCACUGCCAAAUUUUUAAGCCCGGUGAACAUAUGAAUACAGAAAGUGAACAAUUGCUUUAGUUUUUGACGACAUCAUCAAACUCACAUUAAUUUCCCGUGCUCCCUUAGCUUACUGAAUAAAAUAUCCACCCCGCAUAUUUUUUUUUUGGUUGGUUUCAGGCUAAGCUUUCUAGUGAGAGUAUUGUUACUGGUGUGGCAACUCAGGGUCAAAAAUCUUCUGACAGUUGGGUGAAGUACUUUUCCUUGGAUUAUAGUCUAGAUGAUCGAGCAUGGAUUCAGUAUGCCGGAGGAAAGGUCAAUUGCCUUACUUUAAAUAAUAUAGUUAUGAUUUAAAUCGACGCCACGAAAAAAGAUUAACAAAGGCACAACAAUAAGCGACGAAGCCACAAAAAUGAGCGUUAAGGCCACGGAAAUGAGUAUUAUUUCUGCCCUAUUUAUACCUUAUUUUUGUUUAUUAGACUUCGCGGAUAGCAUAUGAUCAUGUGUCAAUUAUUCACAGUUGUCGGUUUGACUAACUUUAGUUGGAGUCGGCCCCACCCACCCACCCACGAGUUCUGCUUACAUUAUUAGCACCUUCGUGUCUUCCCCAGCGAACUUGCUCGUCUGGGGUUACUUCCCUACAACUAAUGCUAAUAAGACAGCACGCACAAGCUUAUAAAAGAAAGAUUGGCAUCUCAAAAAAGCGGCUUUACCGAACUCUAACCGGGAGGAAGUGAUUUUAAAGAGGUGAGCACCCUGUAUGGGAGAAGACGUUAUAUAGGGCGUGAGAAAUUAUCUUUGCUUGCAAAGAUCGCCUAGGCACGAUUUUUUUGUAGCCUGCGAACGCAAACGUAUUUCCGGUCGUCGCUUGUCUCCACCGGGAAGGAGAGAAGCAACGACCGGAGAUACGUCUGCGUUCGCAUGCUACAAAGAAUCCGCCACGCUCACAGGUAAUAAUUUAUGCGAUCCGUCACUUCAGCCGAAUUUCAUCCCCUAAACCGCAUGUUAGGGGAGACUGACCGAAACUGAGCGAUUGAUGCAUUAACCGAUGGUUAACUGCAGCAUUAAUUUCAGGUGAUUACGGGGAAUGUAGACAGGAACUCCACUGUUUUUCAUUUCUUCUCGACUUCACUGGUGACGCGAUAUUUGCGCUUUCAUACACAAAGCUGGCAUAACAGGAUUUGUAUGAGAGUGGGAAUUUAUGGUUGUGCUGUGAACGGUAAGUAUAUUCUCCUAUAAACAAGAACACCGUUUCGCAGUAACUACUUUUAACCCCGGGGGGGUGGAUUCCGUAUAUGAAAGGGGUGGGGAUGCUCGUCGUCUCGCUUAGGGGUGUAAAUUUCGGAUUUUGGUCUCACUUGGGGUGUUCUGGGCAAAACACCAUCAUAUUUAACCAUGAAGGUCUUGUUAAGGGUUGGACGUGAAAAAAUAUAAAAAUAUUAUAUUGUCUGUGUUUUAACAUGGUCUCUUUUAGGGGUCAGCAAAAGCUUGGGCCACGCCCAGAUCGGUCUCCUUUACGGGUUUAAUUCAAAAUUUCCGACGAGCAUCCCCACCCUUUUCAUAUGCAGAGUCCCCCCGGGCUUUUAAAAACACAUAAUAAGGGUUUGUAAUGUUUUUGAAUGAAAACCUGUUGUUACCCGGAUCUACAGUCAAAUCUAGCUGUCUUAACGGACAUCUCCGUAAGACGAACAGCUUGCUAAAAAGGACACCUGUCUAUCUUUACUCCUUUUAGUUGACUUCCUAUAAGAAGGACAUCUUCUUAUAUAGGAAUCUAUUUACUUGAAAAACCACAUGAAAAUAGAUUCUUCAGAAUCCAAAAGUCUGUGAAGAUCAUCUGAAAUAGUGAGAUUUGAAAUACCUUGAAACUUUUUUACCGUUAAUAUUACUCUGCAUUUUUGACGGUUGACGGUUAAAUUUUAGGCCGUGUGACGGCUGACGGUUAACCCCAUUGAGACCCACAAAGAAUAGUCCGUGGUCUUGCAAACUAUCCUCAGCAGCUUCAAUGUUUGACUAUUUUGCUGUUAUUUUAUCAGACCGGAGGGCUGUAUCGGCUGGGCGCCCAUCAGAUGUUUCAGAUUGUGCCGUAUGUAAUGUUAAUGCGAGGUGUAUCAGUAGCCAAGGCAACACUGGACGCUGUGUUUGCAAACAUGGAUUUGUUGGAGAUGGUAAAAACUGCGAAGGUACCUCAUGCACGCCCUUCAUGUUUGGGGCCUUUUUUGCGCUUGAAAUAUUAUACUUGCCUAAAUGAACGAGGUAGGCGUGUAAAACUUGCCGUUCAACCGAAGACGAUGAUGGUUUUGUUUCAUUGAAUAGUUUGGUUUGCUGAGCAGACACCAGGCAGGGUUAGGAAGCAGAAGUUAAUUGUAUACAACAACUUUAGCUGUUGUUUUCAAACUCUGAAGGGUAUACUAGUUUCUUUCGGUAAUUCACCCAAGACUUGUCCUCCGCCCAGUAAGAGGGAAAAAUACGAGGAAAAGAUUAACUGAUAUUUUAAGAUCAAUUGAUCUCUUCAUCUGAAUUUUUUACGCUUAUUAAAACAAAUUUUGUUUGGUAGCAAGAGUGUCUGGAUUUCCAACCGCACAAACUCAGGAUCUGGACGUCCGGGCUUCAAGUAGCCUCGCCUUUCGUGUUGUUUUCUUACUCAAGGAACUUUACUCCACUUUGUCUCUCUUCAUCCAGGUGUAUAAAUGGGUACCCGAGACACACUACUUGAGGGUAACCCUGCAAUGGACUAACAUCCCGCCGGGGGGGGAGUAGCAAUGCUCCUAGGCAUGCUUCUUGCUAAGGAAACCGGGAUAAGCUCUGGGCGUUCGGGCCUUUGGCGCAUGUGCACCUUAGUUUUAAAUCAUCUUCAGUUCGUUACAACUAUAAUGCCGCAUCACUUGCCACUGUUGGCCGCAAACGUUUUUGUCUGACAGAUCGAGAUGAGUGUUCAAGCAGCAUCUCACCUUGUCCAGAACAGGCAGAUUGUGAGAAUGCGUUAGGAUCUUUUCGCUGCCUUUGUAGACCAGGAUAUAAAGGAACUGACUCACAAAACUCCUCGUGUGCAGGUAAGGAACUAAUAAAUCAAGCUUAACUUUUUUUGACUUUUGAUUUCUGAUUCUUAUUUGGAGUGAAAGAAACGAAAUGUUCGUAAAUAUUUUCCUUGUUAUGCCAUUUUAAUGGAGAGCUUUAGAUUUGAGGGGGAGAACGACAACGAGUACGAGAUUUGACUUAAAAGUUUUUGCGCGUGUUCUCAAAAAAAAGACACCCCUGGAAAGCUUCCUUUAGUUUUUUUCACCCAAAUAGCUAGCACGGUUAUUUAUACUGAAGGAUCGGAGGUUAAAAAGCCCUCUCACGAUAGCAAAGUGAUAAAACUUCUUACAUUUUAUAACUUGUUCCCGCUACUCCGACAUUCUUGCUAAAACUUGGGUAGAAUGACGACGACUAUCGCGUUUUCCCGCCAAAAUGAAGGUGCCUUACGCGCGCGCACUUCUUACUAUUUGUGAAAAUCUCGUACUCGUAGUCGUUUUCGUCUCAGAAUCUAAAGCUCUCUAAUAAAUAGGCAGACAAUGACUUUUUGGGGGGAGGGGAGGGGGUAAACAAGGUCUAUAAUGGGCAUAAUGAAAGUGGUGAUCUGUGUAAGUGUCGUUUUAUGCUGAUGAACGGACGAGGGGGGCUUCGGAGACGAGGAUUAAGCGCGUUAAAAAGCAGUGAUAAUCUCAUGGACCUCGAAAUCGAGAAAAAAAAAACAAAUACUUUGAUAAUUUUUUGGAAAACUUUUAAAUAGCUAUAGUUUAAACUGUCCAAGUAACAUCUUACAACAAAUUAGCGUAUUUUUGCUAGCCUGCCAUCUUGGACGUUGAACCUACCAGACAGUUGGGGCUACGAUUAAUCUACCUCUGAGUUUUCGUUAAAAAACGCUGUGUAUGCUAACGACAAAUGGGCUCUUAAAAUGGUGAAACAGUUUGUCGUGAUCGAGGCUUAUAUAACUGGCUAUUUUUGUGUGUGUUUUCUCUCGUAGAUAUUGAUGAAUGCAAGAUUUCUGGCAGCUGUUUCAGGGUUGGCUGCAUCAACUUUCCCGGCUCAUUUAAAUGUGACUGUGGUAUUACGGGGCUGUUUUACGACCCACAAGAUAGGAACUGCAAAGGUAUAGUAACCAUUGCCUGUGAGUUGUUACAGUCAAAAUAUUAAAUAUGUGAAAAUCAAUUCAUAUGUAGGAACUGUGGGAUGUAAAUAUAAAUGAAAGAACUGAUAUCGCAGUUACAUGUAUACAUGCAUACGCGAUGUUUGCAAUUGCGAAAAGAAGGCUUGUACCGCCACCGAAAUGAUCCCCGCCACCGAAAUGACCCCCAAUCACCACUGAAAUGAUCCCCACCACCGAAAUGAUACCUAUUCGCAAUCGAAAUGAUCCCGUCUUAUCUUUUCGGAACCUUGGCUUAAAUGGACUUGGGACUUUGCUACCUAUUCUAAAUUUUUCGUUUAUUCAUGCAAACACGAUUCUAAACAGAGGAAAAUAGAGAAAGCAAAUAGACUGGUAACAGUUCUAUACACUGAUUAAGAAGAUUAAUUUUCUUGCAAAAAUAUAAAAAGAAAUUCGAAGAAAUAAGUGAAAUGCAUCUUUUGAACAAGUAUUGUCUAGUGUUAAACCAAAAAAAACAAACAAACAAUUUACUGCAAAAUAAAGCGCGGUAAAAAGGUAAAUUACACACCGUAAAAAAGAUGCAAUAUAAAUAAAUAAAAAGCACGCUCUAAAUUGUUGUCCAGUUUUUGUAGUCCUCUUAAUUCCAUUCCCGAUAUUCCGGGGAUCAUUUCGGUGGUGACCGCCGGUAUCAUUUCGGUGGUGGGGAUCAUUUCGGUGGUGAUUGGGGGUCAUUUCGGUGGCGGAGAUCAUUUCGAUGGUGGGGAUCAUUUCGGUGGCGGUACAAGGCUUGAAAUUUAGGCUUGUACGUUGCAGCAAAGUAAAUAAUAUUCUCUUCUUUUGAGGAAUCUUGAGGAAUUUUUGUUUAUCCAUUUGUUUGUUUACAGACAUAGAUGAGUGUUCUGACGGCAGUUUCGAGUGCAACCCCCUUGCAUUCUGUAUCAACACGUAUGGCUCAUACGCCUGUAUAUGUCCAGACGGAUAUAAAGGUGGUGGUAGAAGGGUUUGUGCUGGUAUGUCCGUUCACACUGUCCAAACAUCCCUCGCUGCAUCUCGUACCGGAAUUAUCGUCUAAGUAUAGGCUGAUUUAGCAACAGAACGGGAACGUCAGUUGACAACAGGGAAGCGCGCGGAAAGGACUACACGCGACUUUCAGUGCCCAAUUUACCGCUCUGCCAUUGGUCAAGCAAGUUGUUUGAUUAGCGAGCGCCGUCGUCAACUGACGUUCCCGUUCUGUUGCUAAAUUAGCGUAAUAGCAAAUGCUGAGAGCCGUGUUGAAAAGAUUUUUUUUCACUCAUUACUUUUGAUCAGCAUCAAUCAAGAUUCAUGCAGCCAUUCUCAUCUAGAUAACAUAAAAGAACGUUUUAUUGUUUCGAUUUCAGAUGUAAACGAGUGUAGACGGAGACCUAACCCAUGCGGCAAUACUACUGUUUGUCAGAAUACCAAAGGAUCAUAUCAAUGCGGUUGUAGGGCUGGUUUCAUUUGGCAGAACAACACAUGUGUCGGUCAGUGCGGAUUACAUAUCUUUUAGCUUGGCUAAUUGAUAAAUUUUCUAUCCAAAAUUGCAUACCCUAACCCUCCCCUCCCCGUCCUCGGUGGAUUGCCCUAGCGUGGUGAACUUUCAGCCUUCAUAUAUAUUAACCUUUCGCACCAAAAUGGUCUCAGCCAAUCAGAGAAGAGUAGGAUUUUUCACUGCAAUGGCUGAUUGAUCAAGCGUUAUGCGUUGCUGGUGAUAGACCAUUUCCCAAAUGCCCCAUCUGUGUCAAGUUGAGGCUCAGUGCCGAGCCGGCCAUUGAUUUUUCAUUCUUAUGCAAAGAAAUCUCGUUUUCCCCAAAAAGGGUUUUGCUCUUAUCCUGGUUUUGAAAGUUAGAGUUUUUGGGACUUGGAAAUGCAAGUAUUGGCCCUCGCCCUCGCGAUAUCCACUUUAGUGCAGUGUAAUGUAAUUCUUUGGGUAGCUUUUUUAUUUAUUUAUUUCUGUAGUAAUACAAACCCAUUUCUGUUAUUUUCAGACAUUGAUGAAUGCAGCAUCGGAGCAUUUAAGUGCCGAGUUCAUACUGAGUGCGUCAAUACCAUUGGAUCUUACACCUGCAAAUGUAAACAAGGCUUCUAUAGCAAUGGACCGCAUUGUCUUGGUAAGAAC